AUGGCAGUUCUGAUACCUCAUCCUUCCCGUCAUAACCAUUUUUCUUGGCUCAAUCAUGUUAAGGAACCAGUUUAUACUCUGCCUAAUCCUAGCAUUUCUGCCUUUUCCACCAGCGACCCCAAAACUUGGUUCUUGCCUGAAGAGUUACACGAUGAUGAUGCAGGAUAUGAUGAUCAAAUGCAUGUCGACAACCCCAAUAUUGGUCGUCCAUUCGAGGCCGAAGACCACUAUGACCACCCAAUCAGACAGUUGCCCCCACCGCCUUACUAUGAUCAGCCCUCGGGAGCACACUUUGAGCCACAACAUGAGUACCAGUCUUCUCCUCAAAACUAUGAGCCCGAUCCUGAGCACGAAUUCCCUCUUGAUGUCUACCGUCAGCUUGCUGCCUUGCACCUCCAGGGCAACCAGAAUACUGCAUCUAUUCGGCACAUCCAGGAGCAGCAAGCCCAGACCCACAACUACAUGGAGGAUCUUUGGUAUCAUUUUCGUCCCGAAGGCGGUUACCGCCCUCGCGGGCCUCUUCCACCUUGA